GAGGAUGAGCGCGUUCGCUCACCUCAAAAUUGUGACGAGAGUUUUUGCCACGCGCGUCAGCUUGCGUGCACGCAAUGGAAAGGGGUACGCGAGACGCAUCGAAGCUGAAGCGAACGCGCGCGCAGAAUGGCAGAAGGGCGUAUAGCAUCAAAAAGACCAAAACAUAAAUCCGAGACAAAAUUCGACCCAAUUAAUGACGACACACGUGAAUAGUUAUUCAGGGAGAUUAAAAUUCAUGACUAAAUAUAGUGCUUGUUUACAGAGGUGUACGGGAAUGCCGCGGAAAAACGAACCCUGAAGCGCAAGCUGCCGCAGCCUAGCGUCGUUGAGAAGUGGAGCAUCCACCCCGAAGAUGACGAGGAGCGUGUGAACGUGAUUGUUUGGAAUCUUCAACUAUAUUUCUGGAGAUCAUUUUCUGCCUUUACUGGUCGUAGGAUGACGAGAAUGAGCUACGCGGAUCCAACGGCUGGUCGAGACCUGCUGGGGAGUCGCUCCCUCUGUUUCAUCUUCAUUUGUGCCUUCGCCGUGGUAACACUGGUGCAGCAGAUCCUUUACGGGAAGAACUACGUGAAAAGUGGGCAACAGUUUAGCCGACUGCACGGAGAUGAGGCAGGCAACUGGAGCGGAUUAAACCUGCCAGACGACUCUCCACUGAGGCCUUCCAGAUAUGGGAGGAGAAGAUGUGUUCGUCAGAUUGGUUCAAACUCUCAGAUUGCUGUAGUAAACACGCCCUGCCUAGACGAAAUUAAGAAGAAAAAAAAACUCUCUCAAAGGUUUCUGGAGGCCUCGCAUGGGGUUUUGGAGUUCAAUUCCACAUCGUGUCAAAUGCUGAGGAAGGAAAUCCUGGAUGUGAAGGUCCUCACUAUGGUGAAGACCUCAGAAUUAUUUGAGAGAUGGAGAAAUAUGCAGGUAUGCAAAUGGGAGCAGAACAAGGAAGAGACCAACAAAUUCAAGAUGUCUCUGUCUCAGUGCUGUAAUGCACCCUCCUUCCUGUUCACCACUAAGCGCAACACACCAUCAGGCACCAAGCUGCGCUAUGAGGUCGACACCAGCGGAGUUCUGCACAUCAGCCCCGAGAUAUUUAAAAUGUUCCCUGAUGACAUGCCCUAUUCAAGAUCAGAGUUUAAACGCUGUGCCGUCAUUGGGAAUGGGGGCAUCAGCAGAAACAGCAAAUGUGGAAAAGAGAUCGACUCAGCUGACUUUGUCUUCCGGUGCAACAUUCCACCCAUCUCUGAUAAAUACUCUGCCGAUGUGGGAUCUAAGACUGACUUUGUCACCAUCAACCCAAGUAUCAUCACGGAGAGGUUCCAGAAGUUAGAGAAAUGGCGCAAGCCCUUCUACGAAGUCCUGCAGUCGUACGAGAACGCCUCCAUCGUGCUGCCCGCCUUCUACAACACACGGAACACCGACGUCUCCUUCCGUGUCAAAUACGUGCUGGACGACUUCAGCUCACCACGCGGAGUCUUCUUCUUCCACCCACAGUACCUGCUCAACGUCCAACGCUUCUGGUCGCUGCAGGGCGUGCGCGCCAAGCGCCUGAGCAGUGGUCUCAUGCUAGUGACCGCCGCCAUGGAGCUGUGUGAGGAGGUGCACCUGUACGGCUUCUGGGCCUUCCCCAUGAACCCAGCGGGGGUCUUCAUCACGCACCACUACUACGACAACGUCAAACCACGGCCCGGCUUCCACGCCAUGCCACACGAGAUCUUCAACUUCCUGCACAUGCACACACGCGGCAUCCUGCACCUGCACACACAGCCCUGCAGCUGAUCGCCCAAAACACUGACCGCAAACAUGGGGCAGCAUGGGCACACUCAUACACAUACACACACACACACACACACACACACACACACACAGGUGGAAACACACAUACACAUAUACAUACACACACACAGAUGGAAACACACAUACACAUACAUAUACACAUACACAGAUGGAAACACACAUACACAUACACACACACACACACACACACACACACACACACACACACAGGUGUAGGUUUGGUCUCAGGUUUGGUGGGGACACACCAAACCACACCAGCCUACACCAAGACACACCAGGCCGCUUGGCUCGCUUAUCUACCAGUGCCACCCACAAAGCUAAGUAGUAUAUGCUUUGACAUGACAUUCUCUCGUGCGUGUCAAGUAAACCCCCCUUCGGUUUCAGCCAAUCAAAUGACAGCGUUUCUUUUACUGUCGUCCUGGCCGUCGGAAUCCAAAUAGGAUAAAGGAGAUCGCUAAAAUAUUGGUGGGAACAAUUUUGUCACCCCAAAAUAUUGAUUGGGACUAGUCACCAUGGUCCCCAUCUAAACCUACGCCCAUGCACACACACACACACACACACACACACACACACAGUUCACUUAUGCACUUGCAGGUAAACAUACACUCUGUAUUAAACAUAGACACAGGGAUACAUCAGAGCAUUCACACACUAAACAAGACAGGUCCAUACACACACACACACACACGAAUACACACA